CGUACACUAGCUGGCCUAUAUGGACAUGAAUACUAAGUAUCCAGCCGCUUCUACAACACAUUGCCACUGUUUGAAGUUGGCAAUUCUGUCACAGCAGAGAUAUAUGUAGCUGGGCAUCGUGAACCCACCACGCCAUAUCCAUCCACCGAGGCUCCCAUCGCCUCGUUGCGGGUCAAGAUGGACAGGGAGGCGAGAGAGAUACCAGGCUAUUACUAUGAUAAAGAAAAGAGGAAAUAUUUCAAGAUCCAGGCCAGCAGCACAGCACCUGCGAGCUCCGCCUAUUCUUCGAAGGACGUCAAAAGACGCAAACUUCAGGAUGAGAGGUCGGAAGCCGUAACCUUAAGAAUAGCACGCCAGAGGGGUCGCAUUCAGAAAUCCAGAAUUCUGUGUGAACCGAUCGCAGGCGGGUUUCUUGCAAGGGAGCAGGGCCAGGCUGGCUUGGAUGUUUCCCGGAUCUACGCUGGAGGACUUGUGCAACAAGGCUACCUUCCUGCCAUGACCAACUUCGAUCAUUGCAGUGACCCUAUAUUUACCAUUGAUCAUAGAUUUGACCUUGGUCCGUCUCUUGUGGACUUUCGAAUAGUUUUUGACGAUCAGCUAUUUACUAUUCGAGCCAAUGUCGACAAAAACAACCGAACUAGAAGUCAUGGCAGCGUGGAAAUCUGUCACGAUUUCAGCGUACCCACAAUCAACAAUGCAAGUUGGAAACUUGAACGUUUUGGCCACCCUGGCACAUCCACGUCUUUGACGACCCAUGAGGCUAGCCGCAGACUUGCGAUGACCUGGCUGGCAGGCUCACCACACUCAGGGGCAGCCAUUGUCCCUAUGACUGGUAUACCCACCGAUGGAGAUCGCGAGGAGCCCAAUAUCUUGCUCGGACCGGGCGUGUCACGUGGGAUGGAUGUGAGCUUCUAUUCCUCAGCUGCGGCUCCACCAGAAUCUUCUCUCCUUUUCGCUUUCGGGUCAAGCCAUGGGAUUAUGACUGUCGACAAACGAGACUUUGACGCACAUUUCAUCAGUCCCAAGCCAGUUCCACAGGAGAGAUACCCCAAGGAUAUCUUCGCUCUCGAAUUUUUGAGCGAUAACCACCCUGUUCUCCUCUCUGGAGGCCGAAACGGCAUCCUCGAUAUCACAGAUCUCCGGAUCCCUAAAUUUGGACACGAUGCAGAUAUCAUCCGUCAUCCGAGCUCCAUCACACAUAUCAAGCAACUUGACACACACCGGAUCAUCGUCGCGGGCCUCAAUUCAAGCCUCUGUCAAUACGACCUGCGCUACCGCAAAAUCGAUGCCCCGCCGCCGUCCCCUCCUUCACGCAGGAAGCUCAAAUCGUUUAGCAAUUCGAAGGCCACCAAACCCAUUCUGCAAUACCCGGGGUUUCACAAUACUGCCAGUAUACAGCUUGGGUUCGAUGUCGAUCUCGAGACAGGAGUGGUUGCCGCAGCCCAGGAACACGACGCAACACAUCCUGCGGUCCAGCUCUUCUCUCUCCAUGGCGGGGACGAGUUGCCACCAUCUCAAGUCUCAAAAUUCUCGAGUCUCGAUGACGAUGAAAAUAUCAAGUGCUUGAGAUUUGCCAGAGACAUUGAGGAUAAGAUGAAGAGCCUCUACUUUGUCUCGGGUGGUAUCCAAAGGUAUGCGUGGGCUUGUGAAGAGGAAACUCACUGCUAUUGACCCAUCGGUCAUUAUGUAGACUCUGGCUACAUCUAAAUCAGGAGAUAUCCGAGUCAGAUGUAAUGACUCGGGAUUAUCAGCUACCUCGGAGAAGUUGCAGAGAACUGAUCAUACGUAUUGACACCGGUGGAGAUUGAGGAAUAAUAAGUCGAUAGGGG